AUGAAAAGUUGUAAAAAUAAUGCCAAUUUUUUUUGGUGUAAUUUAAAAAAUAAAUUAAGAUUAGAUGGACGUAGUUUUGAAGAUUCAAGAAAUAUUUCAAUUUAUUUUUUAGGAGACUAUGGAAAUGUAGAAGUAUCAAUUGGAUUUACAAAAGUUAUAUGUAGAAUUACAAGUGAGAUAGUGAAACCAUUUGAUAAAAGACCAAAUGAGGGAAUAAUAAAAAUAAAUUUAGAUAUAGAUAGUUUUACUAAUGUAAAUGAUAAUUUAAAAAUAAGUGAUGAAUGCUUAGAAAUAAGAAACUUAAUUGAAAGAAUUAUAAAAUCAAGUAAUAUAUUAAAUUUUGAAUCUUUAUGUAUCAUACCUCAUAAAAAAGUAUGGUGCUUAUUAAUUAAUAUUAUUGUUAUUGAAAAUGAUGGGAAUUUGUUUGAUUCAUGUUAUUUAUCAGCUUAUAGUGCUUUAGUUCAUUUUAGAAAUAAUGAAGUUAAAGUAGAAAAUUCUGACAUAAUAAUUGAAAAAGAUGAAUCCAAUUAUUCCCCUUUAUCAAUUCAUAAUUCACCUAUUUUAACAACUUUUGCUUAUUUUAAUUCUGAAGACGUUUGCUUAAUUGAUCCUUCAUUACAUGAAGAAGAAUUCAUGUCAACAAAACUUUCUGUUGCACUUAAUAAAAAGGGGCAGUUAAUUAGUAUAUUAAAGCCAGGAGGUUCUCCUAUAUCUUAUUUAAAAAUAUUAGAAGCAAUUGAGCUAGCUAAGAAGAGAGUUAAAUGUAUUUUAAAAAUCUUAGAAGAUGCAUUAGAAGAAGAUAAAAAUUUAAGAAAUGAUUUAAAAAAAAAAAACUUUCAUAUUAAAUAUUCUUGUGAUCCAGUGUCAAUAACAUAUAAUGAUAAUUACACAAAAGCUUUAGAUAUUCCCGUAAAUCAGUCAUUAAGAAAUAAUUGGAAUAUUGAAAAAAUUAUAAAAAAAUAUGAAGAGUAUAUUAAAUUACAAGAUAUUAAACAAGAAGAAAAUUUAAUUAAUCCCAAUACAGAAAUUAAUAAUAAUGAAAAUAGUAAUUAUAACAAGCAAUAUGUUUUAAAUGAAGAACUUAGAAAAAUAAAAAGCGAAAACAAAAUAAAGAAUGAGAAUCUUUUAUAUGUCGAUAAUUAUAAUGAUUAUAUGAGAAACAUAAAAGACGAAAAUUUUUUAAACAUACUAUCUAAAAAUAAAAACACAUUGGAUAAUAUAGAUACAGGAAAAAUAAAAAGACAAGAAUUUGGCGACAACAAUUCAUAUUCACAUAAUAUUAAAUUUUUAAAAACUAACGAUAUACAAAAGAAAGAAGUAAUAAAUUUUUCAAACACAAUGGUACAAAAUAUUAACGAAAAAAAAAAUUUUAAUACGAAAAAUAAUAAGGAAUCAUUAACAACAAAAAAAGAAGAUUCCUCGGAUAUUGAUUUUUCAAUUGCUAUUAAUGAGAAUUUAAAAAAAAAAAAAAAAAAAAUUAAAAAAAAAAUAUAA